AUUCAUUUUUGUUCAAGGCCAAAAUUUUAUUCUAGAAGUUCAAGAUCCAGUAUGUACCGCGACCGUGACCACCAACUGACGGAGAGCUGUCCCGAGAGCGAGUACAGCCGUCCCGGGGGUUUCGCCGGCAAUGUGGAUGCGGAUGGCCCGGCCUCAACGGAAUCUACGGAAGUCCCCGUUGAGCUGGGCAGCGAAUUCGCGAUGCCAGUGAAACACGUUGAUGUACGAAGCGCACAUAGCCUGGGUCACCCAAGUCCGGGUGCCUGCCAGGAGGUUUACCCCACCAUAGACCAGCGAAUGGACGAGAUUAAAUCCAACAUCUGGAGCGGAACGCCAUCUUACUCGGCCCCGUGCUCCUAUCAAAAGCCCAGUUAUACUGUGUUCCGGCUGCAGCUGCGGAGCCCUCAAUGCCAAGACCCAGAGAAAAUUAAUGCUGGCAACGAUGCCCUGCAGACGGCGCGCUCCAGGUCGACUAUGUGCCAGGCUGUCGCCAUUCCCCGACGCGCUGAGGCCCCCCGGGCGGUCACUGAGCCGCGCCGCUCAACCCGCUUUUCCGACGACUGGAGCCUGGAGUUCGAGUCCAGUACCAGCAUUAAUCACCACGCCGACCAAAGCGGCCUCUCCCGUACAGAUGCGGGAGCCGAUGAUGAGCCAUCGUCCCCCGCAGAUGAGCAAGAUAUGUCGCUGGGGUCUGGCAUAGAAGCGAGCAGCAGCUCUUUUUGGGAUGAACAUGAAACGCACGGCUACCGGAGCCACAAUAGAAACACGGCGAGAGCGAGCAGAAUGGCCAGCUACGGCAGGACUCGUGAUAAGGGCGCCAGGAGCUAUGAGGAGUGGUUAACGUUGAAAAAAAAGGAGGCUUUCCAGCAACAGCGCCAAGAACGACGCGAGGCCCACCGCCUGACGGUGGCCGAGAGGAUCCGCAAGCAGAUGUCCGACAAGAGUUACUCCAGCUGGCUGGCAUCCAAGCAGCAGCGUCAUCUGGGAGCCCGGCUUCCCGUGCGGUUUGCGGUUGGGAGUGACGGCGCAGGCGCGGCCGAUGCUUUCACGCAUAUGAAGUCGGCGCACCUGCCAUUCGUCCAGGUAAAGAGCGCCCCUCGAGUCAGCACGUUGGUGGGAGGGAACGGGCGCAAGCCGGCCCGUUCGCCCGAGGAAGUACAGCGACGGGUGGAGCAGUGGGAGCUCAACAAGAUGAGGGAACAGGAGCGUCAGCGGUCGGCCAGGCAGCGUGAGAAGGCCCAGCUCCAGGCCAUGGCCGAAGAGCGGGGCCGCCAGUCAAAGCUGGCUUGGGAGCGUUGGAUGGCCCGGUUGGCGAUUAAACCGCGUCCCGUGCCACUCAAUCGCCGCCCCGAGUCGCUGACUAGAAGCACCGCAUCAAUUUACGUCAAUCAGAAGAUGUGGCAUCAUGGGGGCCUUGGCGCAGUACCCAAGAGCCCAGAUACCCGGUUUCAAGGACGGCCGCCUGUUGCUCUGAUGUCCAGUGCUCAACGUGCUCUGCGGCAGCGUCUGGACGAAAUUGAUGGGGUACGGAUGCAUCCUCCUGUCACAGAGAGCUUCCAGAAGGCCCAAAUGCAGUAA